AUGAACACGUCAAUAGUGUGUAACGAUCAGAAUCCUUAUCCGUGUUUUCAAAUCACUGUCACAACGCUUCUCGAUCACACUCUCCAGUACUUCACCACUACCACUCCACCGAUCGCACGUCAAACUGCAUCCGAAUUGAUUCUCAAGAAUAUUGGUAUCGUUCGAUUGAUCGCUGAACCAGCAGUUUUGAUUAUGGUUCUUGUGCAGAUCGGGGUCGAGAUAUCCGAUAUCCGAAGUAUCGGCAAAAAGAGAUGGUGGCAAGUGUUGUUGAAUCCAUAUGAUUCUGAAUGUUUUGUUCAUUUCAAUGAGACCGUAAAUAAAUUUCAGAAAUCAUUUCCAGCGAAGAUCGGCUACAAAAUUUCGUUUAUAUUCGUUCUGUUAAUCGUACCAAUCCGUUUGAUGUGUUGUUUCAGUGCAGAUUUUCUAUUGCUUGAUAAUGUGCUCUCUGUUAUGACUGUUCUUUUUACUGGUGUGCACUUCUUAUUCUAUUGCAGGGCAUUGAAAUUCAUCGGUCCGUUUGUGUUGAUGAUAUACACAAUCCUAUCGCGAGAUCUCAGUCGUUUCUUUCUUAUAUAUGCCAUCUUUUUAAUUGGAUUUUCGCAAGGCUUCUACAUAAUCUUCAUGUCGUGUACUCGAGCCAAAGCAGAAUCAGAAGGCGUUGCGAUAAGUCGAGUGGAUAAUAUUCUCGACAAUCCAGCUGAAUCCAUAAUGCGAAUGUUCAUUAUGACCAUCGGCGAGUUUAUGGUCUUUUAUAGGGAUUUGAACAGUUGUCAGGAGGUGUUGAUGCGCAAUAUUGGGAAGGAUAUGGCUCAGCUAUCAAACACUAAAGAUUUAUCAGCUGGCAAACUGAGAGCAUUGACUUCAUCAUAUGCGAACAAUAACAAUGGAGCAGUGAUGAAUACCCAGGAACAAAAGAAGAAUAAUUAA